AUGCGCGUCAUCUCGUUGGUCGCUGCGCUGCCCGCGCUCGCUGCUGCUCAAGCCCAGAUCCCCCUGGGCGACCAGGUCCGAGGCUGGUUCGACAAAGUCAAGUCGUUUGUUCCAAGUACACCACCUGCCCCUGCCGCAGUUCCCGUGGAGAACGUCGCUCAGAAGGCUGCAGGCAAGAUCGCCGAGAAGGUCGUCACCCCCUUGAACCUUAACAACUGGGAUUCUGUCUUGGAGCCAUCCGCUCAGCCCCAAGAAUGGCUUGUUUACGUGACCGGAGGCAACAAGACCUGUCUCGGUCGAUGUGGACAGCCUGACAAGGCUUGGAACGAUUCCGUCCCUCUGUUUGCCGCUGACCCUACCUCCCCCAACUUGGCCACCCUGGACUGCGAAAAGGAGUCUAUCCUGUGCUCGGUCUGGGCUGCCGGACCUCCUACUGUCUGGCACUUCCAGCUCCCCCAGGUGCACCCGGGAGAGGCUCGCCCGCCUGUUCCCCUGCACAUUGUCAACUUGAACCACACCACCGUCACCCCGGAAACAGUCUACGAGAUCCACGGCGAGAAGACAUGGCAGAAGGAGGAUGCCUACGAGGGCCUCCUCCAUCCUUUUGACGGCCAACUUGCCGAGUAUGGAUUGAACGUGCCCCUGGGUUAUGUCAUGUACGGAUUCUCGGUCGUUCCCAGCUGGCUCAUGAUGAUCGGCAUCAGCUUCCUCAGCAGGACCGUUAUGGGCCGUCGGAUGCGCAACCCAGGUCAAAUUGCCGGCCGCGGUGGCAACUAG